CCUCUUUCGUCACUUCCUCUCUAGCUUCUGUGCAAUCGAUAAGGAAACCCGGAGUCCGCCGCGGCUUUCCUUUUUUUCAGGCGGCCGGGAAGAUGGCGGACAUUCAGACUGAGCGUGCGUACCAAAAGCAACCGACCAUCUUUCAAAAUAAGAAGAGGGUCCUGCUUGGAGAAACUGGCAAGGAGAAGCUCCCGCGAUACUACAAGAACAUUGGUCUGGGCUUCAAGACACCGAAGGAGGCCAUCGAGGGCACCUACAUUGACAAGAAAUGCCCUUUUACUGGUAACGUUUCCAUCCGAGGGCGAAUCCUGUCUGGUGUGGUGACCAAAAUGAAGAUGCAGCGGACCAUCGUCAUCCGCCGAGACUACCUGCACUACAUCCGGAAGUACAACCGCUUCGAGAAGCGCCACAAGAACAUGUCUGUGCACCUGUCCCCCUGCUUCAGGGACGUCCAGAUUGGUGACAUUGUCACAGUGGGCGAGUGCCGGCCCCUGAGCAAGACGGUGCGCUUCAACGUGCUCAAGGUCACCAAGGCUGCCGGCACCAAGAAGCAGUUCCAGAAGUUCUAAGACCAGACCCCUGCCCACUGCCCCAAACAAAAUAAAAGUUAUUUUCCCAGUCA